UCUAUUUUCUCUCCAUGAGAUGUUGCCGACUUCAGGUAGCACGCUCAAAGGGGGGCGCCAGGGUGACAGGUGCAGCACGUAACAGAAUCAUAAAUUGUGAAGAAAUGAAAAAUAGCCAUGAUGUCAUCAUCAGUUUUUACUUUUAAGCAAAAAUGUCCUAAAUGUCUGCCCUUUCUUUUCAGUAAGUGUCCUUUCAUUUAUAAAGUUACUCUCAAAAACAAAGGUUACAAAAAGGAAAGCUUUUUUUAUCUUUGUGGUUGUGUAUAUUUUGUAAAAAUGAACAUCUGAGUGCCAAAGUUUCCCCUUUGGCACUUCCGGACCUCCAAAUUAAAAGAUUCUGAUUCACCUUAAAAUCUCGAGAGGAAAAAGGUGCAAACGAAACUAUGAACAAACCUAAUUUUUACUCUGUUAUGACCCGUUUGAUGAAAUAAACAAGGCCUAAGCAGGUCCAUCCGCGAACAAAGGCUUAAGUCAACAAGUUUAGGAGCUGUCCUAUUUUUAGUCACGUGACAGGAGCAGUCCAGUUGCACGCUGGAAACACUUUAACCUCUGUGAAGUGGAGUCACACGCUUGCUUGCAGGAUGCCUUGCGUCUGAGAGCUCCGGGGAUUUCGUUCAAGGGGAGGUGGACAGAUUACUGACGACAUUUCUGUCAAAGGGAAAAAUGUCCUCGCCAGGGUCCAGACGGAAUAGUUGCCGCGCGGUCGCGUGCGGCAGCCGGGCGUCAUCCGAGGGGAACACCCGCCGCCGGGGCUCCAGCGUGUCUUACCUGUCCUCUGGGGCGCAGGCUGAAGACCUGUCCGUCAGUCUGAGCCAGCCCAUAAUCACCAUCACGUUUCGGUUUCUGCUGGCGGUGGACCUGUGGCUGUCCAAGCGGCUGGGAGUGUGCGCCUACGAGGAGUCUGCGUGGGGGAGCAUACGACCCCUCGUGCGCCUGGUGGAGUUCUCUGGGCAUGUCGUCCCGUGGCUCAUCGGCACUGUGUACACUCUUCUUUGCAGGGAGAGUGUGGUGGAGCAGGAGAUCAUGCUGAAUUUGUUUCUAGCUCUCAUUCUGGACGUCCUGCUGGUCAGAACUGUCAAGACCCUGGUCAGACGUCGAACGCCUGCUCAGAACCGCUCUGACAUCCUCUCCGCCUUCUUCGUGGAGCGAUACUCCUUCCCCUCAGGUCACGCCUCGAGGGCCGCCAUGUGCGCCCGCUUCUUCCUGGCGCAGCUGGUGGACACCGCCUCCAUGCGGGUCCUGGUUGUGAGCUGGGCCGCCCUGGUGAGCCUGUCCCGACUGCUGCUGGCCAGACACUAUGUGACGGACGUGGGCUUCGGCCUGGCCAUGGGCUACUGCCAGUACAGCUUGGUGGAGCGGUUGUGGGUGACUUGGGACUUCCUGCAGGAGGUGCUGCUGAUGCGGCUCAGGGAGAGCUUCGACAGGGCUUACAGCGGACUCUGGACAGUGGACUGGAAACUGUAGAUCAGGCGCAGAUGUGAGUGAGUCAGCCUGUGUGGAGGAAAAAUGUGUGGCUUGAGAUCAUUCAGAAAAUCCCUGCUAUUCUUUAUUUAUUUUUAACCAGGAUAACCGUUUAAGCCCAUCAGAAUCCUCUAAAGUCUCACUCCGAUUGUGUUUUUGGUUGUUUUAAACAUGAUAUUUUUCUGAUGAUGGAGGACAUAUAUAAAGAAAAUUUAGCUUAAAAUUGCAUUUGUGAGUAUUUAUUCAUCCAAAUUGUUGUGAAUAAGGAGAUGAAUAAAGGUAGUUUGAAAGAGCUCAUUUGUGACGUAGAAAAUACUCUGGGUGGACCAUAAACUCUCUGCUCUAAGCUAUUGGCAAUGGGAAGAGGGGGCGGGGUUGCUUUGUCCCAACAGUCCUGCCCACAUCACAGGUUUUUUUUUUUUAUUUUGACUAAAAAAACAAAAUCAUCAUCAUUAAAAAAAUGAAAAAAAGAAGAUAGAUCAACAGAGGAUCGGAGUGGGACUUUUAAAAUGUCUUUCUUGUUUGAGGAAAACCCACAAAUAAGAUGCAGCUUGUUUGCACAACAACAAAAACGUUGCCCUAUAUUAUAACUUUGCAUCUCAGUUUUUUUUAGCUGUAAAUGGCACCAGUACGGAUGCUCAGUGGUUGUCUGGUUUCAGUUUCUGUGGUUUCACCCCGAGCCUUUAAAACCCAGAAUGAGAAGCAUUUUUGAGCAAACAAUGCUCGCGAUGAGUCAGACCGCCUCCCUCCAAGUUUCCAUCAGCUGCAGCCGAGUCCUCUGACUGCGAUUAAACUCUAAUACACCUCAUCUCGUCUUACAGUGUUGAUACGCUGAGCUGCCGUCACCUCCUUUUUAACAUACCAGCACAACCUCCAAACUCAACGGUGCAGCCGGCACGUGCGUGAUUUGGAUUUACAUACUAAAGAUGUCAAGAAGAGAAGAUAGGAUUUAUUUGGGCUGGAACUUAAGUGGGGCGUAUAAAGUGUUGACAGCGGAGCUGGAAGACAUUCAUGUAUGUGUGUGUUGGUCUGGUCAGUUGUCUCUAGAGGACAGAGCAAAAUAGUGAUUGUAAUGUGCUACAAUGACAAUGUGUUGCUGCUGCAAAGUUCUCUGUUAAUGUCCUCACGGUUUCUUAAAUCUCAUCCAUCGAGCUGCCAGUCUGCAGCAUUUUGAUGAUUCAAUCAGGGGUCUUAAGCCACAUUUUUAGUAUUUUUGCUCUGAAAAAUGGAAGCUCAGAUACAUCACCUCCCUGUUUUACAGGGCAGUAUUAACCCCGUUAUGAAUAUGUGAAAACAAUUGAACAGAUUCUUUUGGUUUGUUUAUAGUCACACUGCUGUUCCAUGUUUAGUGAAAUGUGCUGCUCUGGCUGCAUUUGUGGGCCAGUGUACAAAGUGUAUGUCUGUACUGUCUUGUAAUAAAGAAUAAAAAACCUG